CCUGUGAGGGCGGCUGCCCGAUUGCCGACUGCGGCGCUAUGGCUCCCAUGGGCAUCCGCCUGUCCCCCCUCGGGGUUGCAGUGUUCUGCCUGCUGGGGCUUGGCGUGCUCUACCACCUCUACUCGGGCUUCUUGGCCGGCCGCUUCAGCCUCUUCGGCCUGGGCGGCGAGCCGGGCGGCGGUGCGGUUGGGCCGGCGCCUGCGGUCGAUGGGGGCACGGUGGAUCUGCGCGAGCUGCUGGCUGUGUCGGUGCUGGCCGCCGCCCGCGGCGGCGAAGAGGUGAAGCGCGUUCGCGAGAGCAACGCCCUACACGAGAAGUCAAAGGGGAAGACGCGGGAGGGAGCCGACGAGAAGAUGACCAGCGGCGACGUGCUGUCCAACCGCAAGAUGUUCUACCUGCUCAAGACUGCCUUCCCCAGCGUGCAGAUAAAUACUGAGGAACAUGUGGAUGCAGCUGAUCAGGAGGUUAUUUUAUGGGAUCAUAAUAUUCCUGAUGAUAUCCUGAAGGAAAUAACUACCCCAAAAGAGGUACCAGCAGAAAGUGUUACUGUCUGGAUUGACCCACUUGAUGCUACACAGGAAUAUACAGAGGAUCUUCGAAAAUAUGUUACUACUAUGGUGUGUGUGGCUGUAAAUGGCAAACCUGUGCUAGGAGUAAUACAUAAGCCAUUUUCUGAGUACACAGCUUGGGCAAUGGUAGAUGGUGGUUCAAAUGUGAAAGCCCGCACUUCCUAUAAUGAGAAGACCCCAAGGAUCGUUGUGUCCCGAUCUCAUUCAGGAAUGGUCAAACAAGUUGCUCUUCAGACCUUUGGAAAUCAGACUACAAUUAUUCCUGCUGGGGGCGCUGGUUAUAAAGUUUUGGCACUCUUGGAUGUGCCAGAUAAGAGUCAAGAGAAAGCCGAUUUGUAUAUCCAUGUGACUUAUAUCAAGAAGUGGGAUAUAUGUGCUGGUAAUGCUAUCUUAAAAGCCCUUGGGGGACACAUGACUACUCUGAAUGGUGAAGAAAUCAGUUACACUGGUUCUGAUGGCAUUGAAGGGGGACUGCUUGCCAGCAUCAGAAUGAAUCACCAGGCUCUGGUCAGAAAACUCCCAGAUCUGGAGAAGAUAGGACACAAUUAGCGUAACUGCAGGACACAACUCUUACAGAGCCUGAACUGCUGGAGGCUUCAAGGGGUGUUUCUGUGUGGAGACUAUGCAUGGUUAAGGCCAUCCAAACUUUUGAGUAUUUAAGAAGCAUCAGAGACUUAUUUUCCCUGUAAUAUGAUGCAAGAUCAGGAAAAAUGAGUUGCUUCGUGUCUCAAGUAUUGUCUUUAUUUUUGAGACUAUUUUCGUACAGUUGUCAUAUAUAAGACGCAUAUAUAUAUUUGUGAAUUAAAAUCUAUAGCUGAGUCUA